AAUCGUGUCCUAUAUCACCUCAGUUUUGAACUCUGUUAAUUUUAUUUAACUUCCUUGUGUUUUGUUACUUGACAGUUGGUCGUUGUAUGGGUCUAGUGCAACCACGAUGAUGAGAACGAGAUAUAAAGAUUCAUUCUGGGACACUGACAUUAACAGUACAAGUGGAUAUGAUGAACUGAAGAAUCGAAUGAAGGAUGGGAAAAAACUGUCCAACGAAGUGGAAAACUAUUUUAAACAGAGAGCCAAGAUCGAAAAAGAUUACUCCAAAGACUUACAGAAGCUCGUAGACAACUGCAAACUGAAGGUGGAACUAGGAUCACUAGAAAAAGCAUGGAUGGAAGUGAAGUCGGAAACCUUAAAAAUAGCACAGAUUCACGAGAAUGCCGGAGUAGACUUCGACAAACUGGCCCAAGAAAUGUCCUCAUUUACGGAGGAACAAAAGCGACAAGUGAAAGCCACAGAAGACACUGUUCAGAAACUACAUAACAAUCUUAAGUCAACAUACAGCAAACUUACAAGUCAAGAGAAAACUUUCCAUUUAAAAGGUGAAGAUUAUGAUAAAGUACAAAAUUCACUCAAAUUUACUGAGAACAACAACAGAGGACAACCAACCACAAAAGAACUGGAAAAGCUUCGAAAUAAAGAAUUAAAAGCUAAAGAUGAACUAGACAAGAAUGAAUCGUCAUACAAAAGUCUUUUAGAAGAGGUAACCAAAUGUAAAGCCGCAUUUGAGAAAGAAAUGACAAAAAUGUGUGAGAUUUUCCAAGAGCUAGAUGAAAAACGAAUCGAACACACCAGAGAGAAUUUGUGGAAGUGCACGAAUGUUGAUUCUCGUAUCUGUGUAGAUCAUGACGAGUGUGCUGAGAAAAUGCGGCUUAUUAUAGAACCAUGUGAUAUUGACAAAGAUAUACAAAUGUUUAUCAAGAACUGCAGGACAGGCUCAGAAAAGCCACCUGAUGUAACGUUUAAAUCCGGCCGUGGUCAACCUCUAAAAAUUCAAUUCGACAGUGGUGACCAUUUAUAUUCAGAGGUCAAGCUGACGUAACACAGAUCUUUCAAGCCCAUCCAUAUUUUGACAGAUUUGAACGUCUUCUUGAAGACGACAUCAACUCUACAGCCAUGCAGCUACAGUUUAUUUCCAGUUGACUGUUAUUUCUUGUUAAACAUUACUAGUAUUGAAAGUUAAGUUUUUUUUUUACAAUCAAAGAAUGUUUUAAUAUACCGUUAUACGUACAAUUAACUUUGAUGUCUUGCACCUUGAUUGCCUGUCCAUUCAAUCGCCACUUCUAUAUGUACAGAAAUCCGAAGUCAUCUUACAAGACUCAAACAUACAUGAUAUCACUUUUUACAAUACUAGGAUCUGUAUGUCGAAUACUAAUGCAUUAAGUAUUAUGUUAGACAAUAAAUCAUAUAUGUGCCAUGUUAUAUUUUCAUGUGGUUGUUUCUUAAAUAAACGUUAAUUGCCAAUUCU